AUGCGUGACGUUGAGGUACGUACUACGACAAGCGGCGCCAGGAUAUCAGCCUGCGCUGGUGGACCAGACGCACUGCGGCCUUGCGCGCUGGCGACAACUAAAGGCGCACAUGAAGCGGUGGCAGCGGUGGCCGCCGCGAUUGGCAAUGAUUACAACAGCAAGACCAUGAAGCGCAACCCCAAGUGGAUAGAGAGGGUGUACGGACCUAGCUACGUUACCAACGACUGUGGGUCCCGCCUCACUGCACGCAAUAAUAACGACUCUGCACGCCGACGACGACGAGGAGGGCGUCCUGUGGGGUGCCAGAGAAGCUGUCGCAGGAGGCGCAGCAGCCAGGGGCACGGCAGCAGCCAGAGGAAGGACAGUAAGACGCAGAAAAGUUCGCCUGUUCCUCGGCGGCUGGCCGAGCGCGAUAGGGAGGACAGCGAAUCCAGCGACUAUGAUUCUCUAGGGGAGGAGUGGGUAUAUACGCCCAAUGUUCGGCUUCGGCUCCUCGUGCCGCCACGCCGCCCUCCUGCCCCUGUCGGCCGUCAUCAAAAUCUGCGGGAAGGUCGAGAAGGCCGAAACCGCCUGGAUGGGACAUUGCACCCCGUAGGAUGGAGGUACGGUGCCUCCGCAGUAACUAGGAAUUUACAAGGCGGGCCUGGAUACCAGAAGCGCAUCCAGCGUGUCUCUUCUGCGGGGAAAGCCAAGAAGCUCCCGAGGAGGUACAAGCGCUGCGCCGAGAGCGCCGAGCAACCACGAAUGAGAACGACGCUCCAGGAGCAGCACUCGUGGGCGUUAAGUAGCACCUCAUGCGAGUGGCCUCCUGCGCGUGGCCAUCGGGCACCAAUUCACUCCCUCAGGACCCCUGCGGCGUAUGCGAUACGUCGUUGA